AUGGAGACGUCUAUGACCGCGAGCACUACUUCACCGCAUCAGUCACCUGCUAAGACUCCAAGAAAUUUCCUUUUGUUAUGUCACCUGGGCAGCUUACAAAAGAAUGGCUUUAGUGCCGCAUUCUCCCACAUUGAGGAACUCCUCAAGAUACCUAGUGGUUUCAAUAGGGAAUUGGACAAGGAACCUGGGUUUUAUCCGUCUCAUGAUGCCAUCAAGAAAUAUGGCUUAAAAAUGAUCCUACACUAA